GUUAUUGUUUUACCGUGAUUUCAAUUUUUUUUUUUUUUUUUGAGUAUUUACUGUGAAAAUUAUUUAGUAUGAGUGACAGUGAUCAAGAAUCGGAUUCACAUCUAGAUGGUCCUAGUAAAGUGCAGUGCUUAUCCAGCAUCAGUGCUUGAGCAGAUUUGUGAGAACUGAUUUUUACUACAUAGGCAGCUGUUCUAUGAAGGGGUAAAGAAAGACCUUUUGCCCUUUAACAAUGCUUGUGAAAUGCCGCAGAAUUGAAGAAGAUGAAAAAGAAAGUGAAGAUAGCGAUUAUGAGCCAUAUAUUCCAUUAAAAGAGAGGAGGAAGGCAAAACUUCAAAGGCUUGGACGCUUAGGAGCUAUUCUUAAAGAAAAAGAAAAAUAUAGAAGUAGUACAGAUAACGAAAAUGAUGAACUUGAAGAUGACUUUGGUAGAAAAUCGAAUGUUAGCCUUCUGGAUCAACAUAAUGAAUUAAAGAAAAAGGCUGAAGCUCGUAAAGAAAGUGCUCUUGAAAAGCAAUUGAAAGAAGAAGAAAAGAUACUGGAAAGUGUUGCUGAAAAAAGAGCUCUGAUGGGUGUUGCUGAAUUGGCUAAAGGAAUACAGUACCAAGAACCAAUCAAAACAGGAUGGCGGCCACCUCGUUAUAUACUGGAAAUGUCUGAAAAACGUCAUGAACGAGUUCGUCGAAGAAACAGAAUACUUGUUGAAGGAGAAGACAUUGCUCCUCCUAUAAAAACUUUCAAAGAAAUGUAUUUUCCUCGAGCUAUCCUACAAGGUUUAAAGAAAAAGGGAAUUACGAAACCUACCCCAAUUCAGAUGCAAGGUUUACCUGCUGUUCUUUCUGGACGAGAUAUGAUUGGAAUUGCCUUCACUGGUUCUGGAAAAACAUUAGUAUUUGUUCUUCCAAUUAUAAUGUUUGCUAUGGAACAAGAAAAGAAGUUGCCAUUUUUACGUGAAGAAGGUCCUUAUGGUCUAAUUAUUUGUCCUUCAAGGGAGCUUGCUAAACAAACAUACGAGAUUUUAUCGUAUUAUGGCAAGUGUUUAUCCAGUGAAGGCUUUCCAGACUUAAGAUGCUGUUUAUGUAUAGGAGGCACUUCAGUGCGUGAUCAGUUGGAAGUAAUCAAGAGAGGAGUUCAUAUAAUGGUUGCUACACCAGGUAGAUUAAUGGAUAUGUUAGACAAAAAGAUGGUAAAUCUGAACAUAUGCAGAUAUUUAUGUUUAGAUGAAGCUGAUCGUAUGAUUGAUAUGGGAUUUGAAGAAGAUGUCAGAACAAUUUUCUCUUAUUUUAAGGGUCAACGGCAGACACUUCUUUUUUCUGCAACUAUGCCUAAAAAGAUACAGAACUUUGCACGGAGUGCUUUAGUGAAACCUGUAACUGUGAAUGUUGGGAGAGCUGGAGCUGCUAGUGCAGAUGUUAUUCAGGAAGUGGAAUACGUGAAACAAGAAGCGAAAAUUGUUCACCUUCUGGACACACUUACUAAAACUCCACCACCUGUAUUAAUAUUUGCUGAGAAAAAACAAGAUGUUGAUGCUAUCCAUGAAUAUUUAUUAUUGAAAAAUGUAGAAGCAGUGGCUAUUCAUGGCGGAAAAGAUCAAGAAGAACGUUCAAGAACAAUUGAAGCUUUUAGGAAGGGAGAGAAAGAUGUAUUAGUUGCGACUGAUGUUGCGUCAAAAGGUUUAGAUUUUGAAGAUAUUCAGCACGUCAUUAAUUAUGACAUGCCUGAAGACAUAGAGAACUAUGUUCAUCGUAUUGGACGAACAGGCCGAUCAGGAAAGAAAGGAAUUGCAACCACUUUUAUUAAUAAAGCAUGUGAUGAAUCAGUGCUACUGGAUUUGAAACACUUGUUAAUGGAAGCAAAGCAGAAAGUGCCACCAUUCUUAGCAGCUCUACAGUCUGAAAAUGAGAAAUAUCUUCAGCUUGGAGAUGAAAGAGGCUGUUCAUACUGUGGUGGUCUUGGACACAGAAUUACAGAUUGCCCAAAACUUGAAGCAAUGCAGAAUAAACAGGCUUCUAAUAUUGGACGUAGAGAUUAUUUAGCCAAUAAUAGUGCAGACUGGUGAUCACUGUAGUCUUAUUGUUAGAAGUUUGUAAUUUAGUGUACAUAAAGGAAUUGUAAUGUAAUGUAUAUAAAUUAAAUUUCUAAAUAAUUGCU